GGUUUGGCAAGAUAAACGUUCUGAGAUAUUGCAUAGUAGGGGAUAUCAACGAAGCACCAGCAUGGGGGAACGACAAAUGCAAGCAACCUCCUAUGGAGGAAAUUGUGGUAGAGGGUCGAAAUUGAGAGGAAGACAAGCCAGGAUUUCACAAUAUGAACCGAGCAGGGAAUCAUCGGCUACGGGGUCAAGACAAAGUAUCGAGCCAAAUCUCUGGGACCAACAUUCCAAAUUGACAGUACCGAAGAGCCGAGGGCCAAAACCGUUUAUGAGCCAAAGGACCGUAUGCUGGGAACGAGAUGAUUAUCCGCAUGACAACAACGAUUUGCAGUGCCCAUUGAGCAAUUUCUCUGCAACGAAACGUCGCCCGCUGUACAAGGCCAUCAGCACCUAG